AUGGGUGAAGCAGCAGAGAGGUUUAGGUCGACGACUAGUUCAAGGUUCACAAAGGAGAUAAGAGAAGGUUCGCAUAUGGAAGCUGACGAGUUGUGGACACUCGUGGCAGAUGGUAUGAGGGAGACGGCAAAGGAGGUACUAGGGGUAACUAGAGGAAUUGGACGACAACGGAGAGUGGGUAGGGAAUCUUGGUGGAUUAGCGAAGAGGUCCAGUCCAAGGUCGCGACAAAACUUAGGUGCUUUAAGGAUCUUGUCAAAAGCCGCCAGAACGGGACAAAUGAAGACUGGUCUUUGGCUAGGCAGAGGUACUACGAAGCCAAGAAAGAAGCAAAGAGGACUGUGGCUAUAGCAAAAGAAAGAGCGUACGAAGAGCUGUACAAGAAACUAGAUUCCAAAGAAGGCGAAAACGAAAUCUUCAGAAUUGCUAAAGCAAGGGAGAGAAGACGUAGGGAUUUAGGAGAUGUCAUUUUUAUCAAAGACGAAAGUGGACGGAGCAUUGUGAAGGAGGGGGAUAUUAGGAAAAGAUGGGAAGAGUACUUCGCCAACCUAUUUAAUGGGAGAAGGUCGGGGAGAAUUGAAGGAGGAGAGGUCAGCACCGCACACCCAAACACACGCUACGACGACGACGAUGCUAUGAGGAUCAGCCAAGAGGAAGUAAGGAUCGCCCUAAAGAAGAUGGGGAGAAACAAAGCAGUAGGUCCAGAUCAAAUUCUAGUUGAGGCAUGGAGAUGCCUAGGGGACGUGGGGAUAAGCUUGUUGACAAGCCUUUUCAACAAGAUUUGGACGAGUGCAAAAAUGCCAGAAGAAUGGAGAUUUAGUGAGGAAAAAGUGAUUGAGAGGAGGCUUAGAAGAGUUACGAAGGUGGCAGAGAACCAAUUUGGUUUUAUGCCAGGGAGGUCGACGAUGGAGGCUAUCCACAUCACCAGAAGCCUUAUGGAAAAGUAUAGGGAAAGACAAAAAGCGCUACACUAUGCCUUCCUAGAUUUGGAUAAGGCAUACGAUAGUGUACCACGAGAGCUGAUCUAG